AUGGGCAAGAGCAAAAAGAACAACACAGAUGAAAGCGCCCUUCAAAUGGCACGCUGGUCGGGUUCAGCUUAUUCAACAGCCCAAUUCUCUCUUGCAUCUCCACCUCCAGAACUCCCCAACAAGAAGAUUCUCGGCUUUGGAUCAUCUGGACAAGCCAAACCCAUCAUGGUGGAUGACCCAUUACCUAUCAUUGAACACGAUGAUCUUAAACAAGGUUCGCUUUACAUUAUAAAGAUCAGGAACGUGUGCGUUGCUUUGUUUGAAGGCUGGGACGAUGACAUGUGUUGCUUCUCGGUGCUGCGCUCCGAAGCAACGCCCAUGCGUUGGUCAGAAGCUAGGUAUAUCCCGGGAGAUUUUGAUGCAUAUGAUGCAUUCGAUGAUGCUGGUAAUCCACCAGUACACUUGUGGAGCCGUCAACUACGUGUACAAGUCCCAAUCAAUUGGUUUUCCAUUUUUGAAGAAGCACGCCGCAAGCAGCGUCAAUGGGUUGAAGAACAAAACCAAGAAGAGUUUUAUUAUGCUGCUGAUGAACGACAUGCUCCUCAUCAACACGAGCCUGUUACACCACCUGCCACCGACAAGUCAAGUGGAGGAGAAAAGUCACCCAAUGGCUCUCAAAAUAACGAUGACAUUGAUGACGAUGAUAGUGAUAAAGAUUCUCAGCAGGCAGCUGAUGAUGCCAAACAAGAUGACAAAGACAAGGUUGACAAGGUUGACAAGGAACCUAUCGUUGAUGGUACUGAAAGUGGCGUCAACAACGAGGCUGCUGUACCACCAACAUCCAAAACCACUACCAACGGGAACUCUGUUCCGACAUCUUUGAAGAAGCAAAGCACUGAGCAAACCGACAAGCGUCAUACCAAAGACCUUGACACUCCUACCGUCUCACGAUCCAACACAGCACCACAUCUUGCCAAACAACAACCACAAUCCCCACCCAAACCAAAAUACCAAGCAGCACCCUCUUCUGCAACCACUGCCACCAACAACAACGACGACUUUAGCUUUCCACAUAAUGGCGAUCAAUUUGCCAUUCAAAAUAAUGGCUACCAAGUGACACCACCCGCUGUUCCACCUAUGCCCGUUGAUGGUGGAAUCAGUGACCCUUCCUCUCUCAAGCCCAAACGUCGGUCCGUACAUGGCUUUUUCCGUAACAAGUCGUAA